GUGUAUCCACGUGUUCUGUGUAUAUGUAUCUUGUGUGUCUGUAUAACUAUGAUUAUUGUCAACUAAUGUGUGCGUUCAUCUUUAAUGUGAAAUAGGAUUGUCUAAAACAAUUCCGUAUAUUGAUAAUUUCGCAAGCACAUAUAUUUGUGUAGGCAAAAUAAAUGCGUAGGUGGUAGUAAUGAUGCUUCUAUAAUUUGUUACUUAUUAAUAUGGUGCUUGUCGUUAUUAUAAAAUGCAUCGCAACAUCAAGGCUAGGGAAAUAAGUGGAAGUAACAGCAGCAGUAUUAGUGGUAAUAGUAAUGGAUAGAAAACAUGAUAGGUUUAAAGCAAAAAAGGGAUAGAAGAUUCAUCUGCCUUCUUAUUAUCAACUUGUAUUUUAUUUGAUAGAAUAUUGUUACUAGCAUCAGUCAAACAGAGAAAUAGUGUUAAUUAAUAGUGGCAUUAAAAAAAUUCUAUAAUUACACUAUACUUUCUAACUUACUGUGACUAUCAGUUGGACAAAUUCUGUUAUUUUUUUAAUCAUUAUUCAAUCAAUAUAAUUCAUCUUACUAUAGUUGGAUCCAUUUAUUGUAAUUUUCUUCGAAACUAAUUAAAAUAGUAUAUACACAUAUAAACAACAACAAAAUCUUUUUUGACAUAUAUUUCCUUUUAUUAGUUACUCAUUACUUUUCAUAUUUGUCAAAUCUUCACCAGUAUUACAUCAGAUUGUUUUUUAUCCAUAAAUCUCACUAAUAUUGACUAAUCAUCUUAUCUAUUUAUUGAAAAUACCUUCAUCAUUGACUGAAUAAUGCCAACUGUUAAAACGGAAAAUAACGCAACUUCUCUUCAUGAUAUGAAAAAUAAAGAUCAUUCAUUGACAUCAACAACAAUCUUAGCACAAAAACAAGAGAUUGAUGAAAAAAGUGAAAAUGGGAAUAAAGAUACUAAAAAAUCUGACCUUGAACGACGAAUAUCAAACGCCAGUGGUGGACGAAUGGGAAAUAUUAGAAAUAAGUUUGAAUCAGGUGAAGUGAAUAGUGAUAAAAGGAAGAACAAAAAGAAAUCUGCACCAAAAAUGAAAUAUGCCGGUGUGGAAUCAGUUAAAACAAAAUUUAUCGAAGAAGCUACAAAGGCUACAAUGAGUAAGGUAGAAGAUGGGCCUAGGAAACCAAAGGAAUUCACUCCACCACCGGAUGGUGUUGCUGUUGGUAUAUUAGAAAGUAAUCCAAAGCCAAGAGCACCAGAUGUUGUUACAUCGGACGAUAUGUUUGAACCAGUGGAUUUAAAAGAGAUUAGUGAAAAAACAAAAAAUUUGAGGGCGAAAUUUCGAAAUAUGGAAGCAACUGGUGGACAGAGCAUUGAUGGAGAGAAUCGUAAAAAAAGUUCAUUCAUUGAUGAAUCAAUUACAGUUGCACCGGAAGCUACAAAAAAUGCAAGAGCACGAUGGAAGGAUAUUGAAAGUGGUAAAACUGAAAAAGAUGCAUUAUCAGAACGUCCGAAACUUGAUAUACAUGACGGUUAUGGAGGGGUUUAUGAGAAUGAACCUGAAAAAUUCGAAAAUAUCGCUAGAGCUGGUGAAACAAAAAAAGAUCUACCAUCUGGUGUAAGUGCUAAAGAAAGACGUGAAUUAUUUUUGAAGAAAGCUGCUGAUACUUCCGUUGUAAAGAGAGAUAGUAUAAAACUUAUAGAUAUUAAUGCUGCUGAAAGUGGAAUAUAUGAAAAUGAACCAACUCGACUUGAUAAUGUAGUCCGUUAUGAUGACGAUCAAACAGAUGACUAUCCAAGUAAUUCUGUGAAAUGGGCAUCUGAAGCGAAAAACAGAUUUAUACAAGAAGCAUCUAAAUCACAGAUAACAACAGGAAGUAACAAGACUAUUUUAUUGGUUGAAGAUGGUCAUACAAAUGGUAAUAGUGAUGGUGCACCAAAACAAGCACGAUAUACUACACAAGCUAAACAAGCCUUCUUAGAACGUCAGAAACAAGCAGAAGAAGCUGCGAAGAACAAAAGUCGACCAGAUAUUAUUGAUAUAUGGCAAGAACAAUGCCCACACAGUGGAGUAUUUGAAAAUGUACCAGCUGCCCAUACAGCUGAUGUGGUAGUCACUGACGAAUCUGAAGAAGACGAUGAGGAAGAAGAGGAAGAGCAAUAAAACUCUUCUAACCGAAAAAAGUUUUAUCUAAUUACUAUUACUCAUACAUAUACGCUGUCACACAUCAUGUACACACUCGGAAGUAUUAUGUAAACGAGAUGAAUUAUUGGUGACACCAAAAAUCCAAAGAAAUGAUUUAACAUUUCUAAGGAAGGUGCAUGCAUGUAUAGCUUUCUUUUCAAUCCAUCUAAUUAUUUGAGAAUUAAGCUUGACUGAACCAUGGCUCACUCCCUCUUCUUGGCACAUAUACAGUCAUAUAAAACAAAUACAAACUAUUACUUUGAUCUGUCAAAUUAAAUGACGUAUUCUUAUAUUAUCAUUAUUAAGGAAUAACAAUUCGAAAGAAAUGUACAUCCUUGUGAACAAUGUCCAAGCUGCAAGCAAAUGUUACUUUACAGGUUUGCAUUCCACAACCACUUUCCUCUCUUAAUUAUCAGUUUCUUAAUGCAAUUUUAUUUAAAUAUUUAAUCACAGUGUACCCACACUGAACAUGCCCAAAUGGCAGUGAAAUUAUCCCAAUUACCCGAAUGAAAUGAGCAGUUCAGUUGGUAAUGAGUAUUUUAGUCCAUUUUAAGAUCAAUGUCCCUGUUAUUAUCAUUGUCAUUGUUUGUCAUUUACAUUAACGAAAAUUAACCGAAGUUGCACACUACUUGAUCAUGAGAGUUCUAAUCUUAUUUCUAUGGUUUGUAAUAUCUUACUAUCACCAACCCUUGGUCUGUUUAGUGUAUGGCUCCACACUUAGUUUCACUGACUUCUCGAUAAUGUUCAUCUCCAAGAUGUUGCUUUGCUUUAUUUCGUAGCCUGGUACGUUCAUAAGAACGGUGAUAUAUUAAAAUAAUGACUG